CCGCAGCAGUCUCACAUAAAUCUGGAUGAGACAACAGAAAUAAAAGGAGCAAGGAAUUGAGGCGUAUUUCGCGUCCAGGGAUUCUUGCGAAAAUUUCGUUUUAGUCUCUUUUUCUAAUUGUUCCCCUAACUAUUUUAUUUUUCAUGGCGUCGCGUGGAAGGUUUUUAUUUGCGAAAGCUGCGGAAAUGCAGUUCAUAGACGUGCUGUUGGUAACGCUGGUGGGAGUGGGUCUCACAGCAGGGACGACAUUCUCUGGAGUCGGCACCACCACUGAAUCUGGAAAACAAGCGGAAGCAGAUAUUUGCACACUUUCUCCAAUGGCGCCGAAUGAGACCAAGUCUUGCCUGGCAUUCUUAGUCAAGUACACGUACAAUGCUACGGAAGGCAAGUGCAUGACCUAUGUUUAUGGCGGCUGUGGCGGCACUGCGAAUCUUUUUGAUAGUGAAGCCCAGUGCAUUGCCGCCUGCCCGAAGAAGGACGCCAUUCUUCAAGAUAGUGUAGACGAAGGUACAGAAAGCAAGGAUUCAAAAGAAGCAUGCAACCAGCCACUUUCCUCGGGUCCUUGUUUUGGGUUCUUCCGAAAGUUUGGUUUCAAUUCGGAAACUGGCAGAUGUGAGUGGUUUGUUUACGGAGGAUGUCAAGGCAAUGCCAACAAUUUCAAUUCCGCCAGGAAAUGCCAAGACACUUGUGGAGGUUCAGAGCCUCUAACAGGCUAG